AUGUUGCAACCCGAUGGAUUCAAGGACGACGGUCCUGACCGGAUUGGACCAAGUGUGGACCGCAAGCAAAAGCUCACCAGCAGUGGACGCGGUCUACUCAAAGCUCUCACGACGCGAGACGGACUCAUUGGCGACUACGAUUAUGCGUUCCUGUUCAAGCCAAAUCUUCCCUUUCUCAAGAGAGAGAAGCGGGCAGCUCCUUUCUUCGGCCUCAACCAGAAGAUGCCAGUAUUUCUGGCAAUGCUACUCGGCUUCCAACAUGCUUUAUCAGUGCUGGCGGGCGUGAUCACUCCUCCUAUCAUAUUGGCUGGAGUUGGCAAUCUGGACGCCAACAUCCAGUCGUAUCUGGUCAGUUCAUCGCUCAUAGUUUGCGGGAUACCGGCCGCGGUACAGAUCACACGGUUCCAAAUCUGGAAGACGCCAUACUAUGUGGGCACUGGGCUGAUCUCAGUCGUUCGAACUUCCUUUGCUGUGAUUCCUGUUGCAACGGGGGCUUUUGCCCAGAUGUACGCCACUGGCUAUUGUCCUUCGGAUGCCAACGGUAACAAGCUACCAUGUCCGAAAAGAUACGGAGCACUGAUUGGCACAGCAGCGAUUUGUGCACUGAUCGAGGUCGCAAUGUCCUUCACACCUCCUCGCAUCCUCUGCAAGAUCUUUCCACCUUUGGUUACUGGACCGACGGUGCUGCUCAUUGGCGUCUCACUGAUCUCCUCUGGGUUUGCGGACUGGGCGGGAGGAAGUGGCAGCUGUAUGGGCCGGCCUGAAAGCGGUAUCUUUGCCAUUUGUCCUACCAUAUACGCGCCACACCCAUUACCAUGGGGCUCUGCGUCGUCUCCUAGUCGGCUGUAUAGUAGCUGCUGCCUGUGGAUACUUCGAUCCCUCUGGUAUCGAUGCGGCGCCGGUAGCGAGGUCCACACAUUCAAGCUAUCGCUAUACGGUCCGAUAGUGCUUCCUCUACUGGCCGUCUACGUUGUGCUCGCGAUGGAGGCCAUCGGUGACAUUACAGCGACGUGUGAUGUGUCUCGCCUCCAAGUGGAUGGUCCAUUAUUCGACAGCAGGAUUCAAGGAGGCGUCCUUGCAGAUGGGCUCAACGGCAUCGUUGCUGGACUGUGCACUAUCACGCCAAUGUCGACAUUCGCCCAGAACAACGGUGUUAUUGCCUUGACAAGAUGCGCGAAUCGCAAAGCCGGCUACGCAUGCUGCUUCUGGCUGCUCGUCAUGGGCAUCCUCGCAAAGUUUGCUGCUGGACUUGUUGCAAUACCAAGCUCAGUCCUUGGGGGUAUGACGACCUUCCUCUUUUCCGCCGUGGCAACAUCAGGUAUCCGAAUCAUCUCAACGAUACCGUUCACACGCCGAAAUCGUUUCAUACUUACUGCUGCUCUAGCAGUAGGGUUUGGCGCGACCCUAGUCCCUACAUGGUUCUCUUACGUCUUCACAUAUGCUGGCAAUAACAAAGGCCUGCUUGGCUUCUUUAACGCCAUCGAGCUUGUGCUGGAGACUGGAUUCGCUGUCACUGCUUUUCUUGCUCUGAUACUGAAUUUGAUCCUCCUGGAAGAGAUCGAGGACGAGGAGAUUCCUGAGUCGACAGCGAAUCGUGCUGAUGAUGCAGAUGAUGCUGAAGAGUGGAACCGGAUGCAUGGACGUGGCGAGGCAGACAAGGCGGUUGAAGACGAUGCAAAGAGGGUAUGA